AUGGCUGUGAAGAAAGUGGUUGAGAAGGUUGUCAAUCCCAAGCUCUUCCCUCUCUUUCUCUACAAACGAAUUCUGAGACUACAUUAUGGGUUGCCUGCUCCCGCAAGGCUUAUGGGUGACUCUUAUGUCAAGGAUGAAUUCCGCCGUCAUCAAACGGCUUCUCCUGAACAUACAAAAGUGUUCCUACAAGAAUGGACGGAUUACUGUGUGCUCUUAUCCAAGCAGAUGUCAACCUCUGGAAUAGUGAAAGGAAUCGUUGGGAAGGAUAUGAAACCUGAAUUGCUUGAUAAAUUUGCUGACGAGCAGUUGAGACAGCUAUUGGAAUUGAAAAUAGAGGCUGAGCUUGAUCGUCAAUCUCGAACGGAAACAGGAGAAAAAGACCGACAACCCAAUAACCGUUGA